AUGCCCCCGCGGCGACGGCGGGCAGGGCCGCCCGACCACACGCUGCCCUCCCUCCCGUCCCUCCCCUCCCCGCCCCACCGUAAACAAAGCGGCGAGGACCGGGGCCGGGCCAGCGCCAGGGACCGCACAGCACAGCCCGCGGGCUCCGUUCCCGUCGGGGCCAGGCGUCCCCUCCUCCCUCCGAUCAGCCACGACCGGAUCCCGGCUGCGCCGCCGCCUCACCUCUCCCGCCGGUGGAAGCUGCCGCAGCUCCGGGCGCCGCCGCCUACCUCAGCGCGGCGGCGGUCCCCCCGACACUUCAGAGCGACCCUGGCGGUACCCAGUGAGCGACGCGCGCCACCGGCAUCCCCCGCCGGCUUUAUCCCGACGCCGCCUCUCCCCUCCGGCACCUCGACGUCCCGGCGCGGCGCUCCCGCCCCCCCCGCCGCCCCAUUGGCACGCGCGGCCCCGCCCGGCCCCGGCGCUCACUGGGGCAGGCGCGCAGCACUCACAAGGCCGCGCCCCCGCGCUCCCUCCCCGUUGGCUCCCGAGCGUCCGGCCCGCCCUCGAGGCACCACCCUCCACACUUCGGCCAACCGCGCGGCGGCGAGGGGCGAGCCGGGCUCCGAUUGGCGGUGCCCCCCCUCCCCCGCUUCCCGCGGCUGUGAUAGGCCGGGGCGGCGGCCGGUGCCGCCCCCGGAGCGCUCGGGGCAGUGCCCCGGCGGCUCCGCGCAGCCCCGCACCGGGCCAACCCGGCGAGGAGGGCGGCCUCGGGAUGCCUCCGCGCCCCCGGAGAGAGCAGGACCGAUCGCUGCCGUCAAGAAGGCCGGUAUCAUCAAGGUAGCCGGGAAUCAAACGGCUUUCUGGGCACGCAGCAGCGUCGCUGGGAAACAUCAAGGAAGUGUCCUGGCUACUGAGGCCAUGAGGCCCCGCCGCGCCGUGCUCAUGCCAUCAGGGCGCUCCUUUCUCCCGUAG